UCUUGAAGGGAAGUGAUAAAGCUGAAGGUCUCUCUGCUGUUUAUAUUGGCUUUCAGUCAUUAUCUAGAUAACAUGAUGAUAUCAUCUGUCUCUCUGCUUCUUGGUCUGUGUGUCCUGGUAAUGUCUGUACUGACUGUUUCUGCAGUCUCUUUGGAUGUCAGUCCAAAUUUUCAACAGUUCUUCAGGGGAGACUCUAAAGUCUUUCUGAGUUGUGUUGAUGAAUGGACAGUGAAGAGGACCAAUGGAAGAGACACUGAAGUCUGUGGAGCAGCUGCAGACUUAAUCAGAGUUAACAGUUCCUUCUGUGUUCUGGAUCUUUCCAUCUCAUCUGGUGGAAGUUUCCUAUGUGAUAACUUAUCUGGAAAGAAGAGCGAUGAAGUCUCGAUCAGUGUUUUAGAAGAUGGUGUGAUCCUGGAGAUCCCUGCGCUUCCUGUGAGGACAGGAAGUGAUGUCACUCUUCACUGUAAAACCAGGGAUGGUUCAAGUCAAAAGUCUUAUUUUUUCAGAUAUGAUCAAAAAAUUGUAUCUAAAGCUGAAGUACAGUUGAUUCUCUCCAAUGUCCAGCAGUCAAAUGAAGGUUUCUACUCGUGUUCUACUGCUAUUCAUGCACGUUCUCCUCUGAGCCGACUGAGGGUCACAGAUGCUUCUCUUCCAACUACCUCAACCAACUCUCCUCUUGCUCAGGCUACUAGAUCAAGUUCCUCUAUUUUCUGUUGUAAUCCUCCUACUUCAUCUUCAGACCCCUUUCCUAGCCCCUUCAUGACACUGCCUCUUUUUCUCCUGCUCCUCUCUGCAGUCCUGAUUAUGGUUCUGAUUGGAGGUAUACUUCUGUGGAGGAAACAGAGAGCAACCAGUACUUUACCUCAGAAAAAUGAGGAGAUCACCUAUGCAGAUGUCACCUUCAGGCAGACCGCCAAUAAAAGAGUAAGGUAUUCUGCAGACCCAGAUAUGGUCUACUCUGGAGUGAGGACACAUACUGCGGGCAAAUAAGGACAGUCUGCUAGAAAUGCUUCACUUCUUUCACAUAUGAAUCCAUUUUAUUUUCCAUGACUAUAUUCUGUGUUCUGUAUUAAAUGCAGUGUUUUUUCCUGCAUUGUUUGUUUGUUGUUUAGUGGCGCUUGUUAUUCUCAUCUUAUGAUUGUUAUGACUGCAUAGAAAUCUUAAUUGGAACCUAAUGGUCUUUCUCCCAUUAUUUUUAAAACUUAUUAGUGAAAUAAGUAUUGGUAUAAUUCACAUUUAAGAUAUAUAUAAUGGAAACUAUGUAUGAACUGUGUAUUUCCUUUUUUUUGUCAGGCUACUUUUGCUAAUGCAAAUGUAUUGAUGUGUAUAGGGUUUUUUUUUUUUCUUUCAGUACCCAAUGCUGCCUCAAUACUGU